UGCAAUUAAUUUUUUAUUUUUUUUUCAUUUGCAUUUAGUGCAACUGAAAUUAUAUAGACAGUUUUUCUUAGAAAUCUUUCUUUUUUUACACAUUAUUUCACAUAAUUGAUCUAUAAUUGAUCAUAAUUGUAAGUACUUUCUUUAAUAAUUUUUACUUUUCAAGUUUGCUAUAUCUUUGAACUCUCCAUUGAUUUAUCUGAAUAUUUUUAUUUUUAACAAAUAUUUAUAAUUUUUCCCGAGUACUCGUAUCUAAUACACAACAAUCACAACCGUAACUACCGCUUACGUUGUCAACGUUGAAAGUUCUUCUAAGGCUAGCCGACACGAAUAAGCAACGAAAGCCCAACCGACUCUGCUCACGCAUUUCGCCUAGCAUAAAAGGAGAAACGCCUGCCAACCAAGCAGCACACAACAAUUAAUAUCCAAAAAUACGCACCGAACACCUGAACAACUUUAAGGCAGCCAACAAGCAACCAGCUAAGCCAUCGAACUAGUCCUUGCCACAACGGGGUGGAAGAAACUUUUUGCACCUGUUCGAAGAUUGCCGCAUUACUAGUUGGGGACCCACGACUACCGCCCUUUAUACCUGCUUCUCUACAAAUUGUUUUAAGACCACACCUUUCCCCUUUUAAACUUCUGAAAUGAGCGACUCAAAGAAGCUUGAAAAUCUCAAAUCUUUGGAUGAGAUAAUCUAUCCAGAAAUCGAGCCUGGCAUAAUUAGCAAGCAAAUGAUUGACAAAGCUUAUCUAGAAGAUGGUAAGACAGGUGAAGCUGCGCGUCUUCAUCAAAUGGAACCAGUGGUGUAUGAACGCAUUUCCAUACUAAGGUUGGAGUUUCAGAACAUUUUGCGCAUCGAUCAUCUCUGGAUAAUGCCAAAUUUGACGAAGCUCUCGCUGAAUUGUAAUAAAAUCGAGGUCAUUGAACACAUUGAUAUGUUGUUGGCGCUAAAAGAACUUGAUUUGAGUUUUAAUUACAUCGAACGUAUUGAGAAUAUUGAAAAACUCGUUAACCUCGAAGUUCUCACACUUUUUAGUAAUUUAAUAACAAAAAUUGAAAAUGUAGAUACUUUAGAGAAAUUGGUGAUUUUAAGUUUGGGCAACAAUAAAAUCGAAACAACUGAGGGAAUCGAACGUUUUCGUUUCUUGAAGGACCUACGCGUACUUAAUCUGGAGGGCAAUCCUAUAGCAAAGAAAACUGAAUUCCAAAUGGAUCUUUAUGUUGCAGCUGUAUUGCCUGGCGUAAAGUAUUACGAAUAUAAAACCGUUACUGAAGACAUGCGUCAAAAGGGCAAGGAAAAAUACUACCGCGAGGUUCGUGAAAUUGAAGCUAAUGAAGAGAAUGAAAUUUUGGCACGCGCUGCCAAGGCUAAGGAGGAAUAUGAUGAACGACGUUUGGCCUCCAGCUUUGUUGAAUAUCUAAACGAGCAUCAGUUGUACGAGUCAUUGUGGAAAGGGGACGAAGAUGGUCAUGCGCUACUACAGAUCGGGCAGACGGCUACCGAUCUUGCUGAGGAAUACGACAAUGAUAUCUAUGGUGUGACGCAAGAAAUAUAUAAAUUUGGUUUGGAAUGUUAUGAAGAGCGUGAGUUAGAGAUAAAUGAAUUCAAGGAGAAUUUGGAAGAAGGUCAAAAUUUGAUACAAAAAAUGGGUCAAGAUGUAAUCGAAGAAUUUCUACAACAUAAGGAAAGCGUCUUCGAACGUGCAUCUGCUGUACUUAAAGCAUUGGAGAUACGAACUAUGCGCGGCGAAGAUGAAGAGUCGCCCGAGAGUUUGGACUUAUUGGAACAAUUUGAUAAGAUUUCAAUGCAAUUUGAUGAUACCAUCAAUGAAGUAUGGCAGCAGCUGAUGAGCCAGGAAUUGCAUUUACACGAGAGUGUAGAGGAAACCACAGUCAACUUUCAACGUCGCAUACAAGAAAUGAUGGCCAGAUUUGUGGAGCAAGUACAAACAUAUUUCGGACAGCUACGUGACAUUGCCAUUCACUUUUCUGAAAACAUGACCGAAGUGGCCACACAUUACAUCAACACGAAGUUAGCACUGCAAGAUUUCGAAGAUGUGCCACCUGAAUUGUCGCAUUACAUGGAAGAUCGUGAAGCUGUCCUUAAUUUGAUCGCUGGCAUGAAGGAUACACAUAUUCAACGUAUUGAUGAGCGAGAAGAUCGGCUAAUGGUGCGGAGCAGAGAUUUUAUAGAAAACAUGAUCGAUGAACUUAAUAAUAACGAAUUGGAGCGCAAUAGAGCUAAAAUUCUUGAAAUCAAUUCCUUCCUUGAAUUGAUGUCCGAGUCUUUAGCCUCAUUGCAGAGUGAAAUCCGCGAAGAAAUAAUGAAUGAGGAAGCGUAAAAUAAAAGGGAGUACUCAAGGUUUAUUUGUUAUACUUUUCUAUCUACAUGAUAAAUAACGAAAUUUAAAUACGAAUUCAAAAUAAAUGCGAACAUCUAAUAAUG